UACAAUACGUUACGCUGAGGAGCGUGGACAACUGGCUAGGUCGUCGUAUUCUUACGACGGACCAAAGUCCAGUACGCCCGUCUGUUACGCUUUUAGGAAAUUCCUACACCGCUCGGUGUCACUGUCAAUGUCGCUGUCAAUAGUGUCAAAUGUUGAUCCCGUCGAGGCGUCGAUGAUCCCGACUCCCACAAAACUACUAAGAAGAUAUGCCGACUCCCGACAGCUACGCGUCGUUGUAAACACGUUGUACAAUUGUGUUAUGAGUAAAAAAUCGCGAUGGAAUCUAUAAACCAGUGCCACUGCUGCCUGCAGCGGCCUUCGGCGAAAGAAUUGAGCACACCGUACCCUCAUCUCGGCAUAACGGAAAUAUAUUCGGCCAUGAUUGAAGAAUGUUUUGUGAUUAAACUAACAUCAACCGCCUACGGCGAGAGUGGUAUCUGUGAGAGGUGCCUGGGGCGACUACGGGAGGCGUGCUUCUUCAAGAUGCAGGUCCAGAACUGCCAGGCCGAGCUGCGGGAUAGGUAUGACGGAGGACUAUGUGUGAAAGAAGAGGAUUGCGAAGAGCUAGACGAUGAGCUACCCGAAAGUGAUGCGUGCAGCGAGUCUUCGGUAUCGUCCUCGGCUAGCGCGCCGCCCCUGUCCUUGCGCGCCAGGCAGCAGAUCGCGUUCGGGUGCUCCGUGCGGCUCGAGCGCCUCCGCAUCUCGACGGCACACCUCGAGAGCCCGCCGUACCGCGUGACGUCACACCGCGAGAGCCAGCCGUGCCCCGUGAUGUCACACCGCGAGAGCCCUGCUAACACACCCGACGAACUAGCCUACACACACGAUAUUCGCUCCACAGUCUCCACACACGACUCUAGUUUGAACACACACAAACAGGAAAAUAUCACACACACACCAGAAACGAACAACGAUGUCUACUGUUGCGACAUGUGCGCUCACCUAUGCACGUCAAAACUUACUCUAAUCCGCCAUAUCAGAACACAUACUCACCCGGAGGGUAGGCACACCUGCGAAGCUUGUAAAGAAACAUUUCCUAGUGUCUUGUCACUGAAGAAGCAUCUAAGAUUGCACUCUACAGACAAACCCUACGUUUGUGAAGAAUGCAAUAAGCGAUUUUCAACUGAAAAAGAUUUGGAUACACAUAAUAGAAAGAAAUGUAACAGAGAAUUCACUAAAAAAAUAACUGUAGUCCGCCGUGGAAAUAAACAUAGUGGAAUUAAAUCAUACAAAUGUCAAGUAUGUAACAAAAAAUUGACUUGUAAAAAAGGCUUAGUGACCCAUGAAAGAAUCCAUAAUGGAUUAAAACCGUACCAAUGUGAAAAAUGUAACAAAGAAUUCACUCAAAAAAGAACUUUAGUUGUCCAUGAAAGAAUCCAUAGUGGAAUAAAACCAUAUAAAUGUAAAGAAUGUAACAAAGAAUUCACUCGAAAAAGAACUUUAGUUGUCCAUGAAAGAAUCCAUAGUGGAAUAAAACCAUAUAAAUGUAAAGAAUGUAACAAAGAAUUCACUCAAAACAGAUAUUUAGUUUUUCAUGAAAGAAUCCAUAGUGGAAUAAAACCAUACAAAUGUAAAGAAUGUAACAAAGAAUUCACUCAAAAAAUAUAUUUAGUUCUUCAUGAAAGAAUCCAUAGUGGAAUAAAACCAUAUAAAUGUAAGGAAUGUAACAAAGAAUUCACUCAAAAACAAUGUUUAGAUGUUCAUGAAAGAAACCAUAGUGGAAUAAAACCAUAUAAAUGUAAGGAAUGUAACAAAGAAUUCAAUCAAAAACAAUAUUUAGAUGUUCAUGAAAGAAACCAUAGUGGAAUAAAACCAUAUAAAUGUAAAGUAUGUAACAAAGAUUUCACUAAAAAAACAAGUUUAAAUCGUCAUGAAAGAAUCCAUAGUGGAAUAAAACCAUAUAAAUGUAAGGAAUGUAACAAAGAUUUCGCUCAAAAAAAAUAUUUAGUGGUUCAUGAAGGACACCAUAGUGGAAUACAACCAUAUAAAUGUAAGGAAUGUAACAAAUAUUUCACUCAAAAAACAAGUUUAAAUCGUCAUGAAAGAAUCCAUAGUGGAAUAAAACCGUAUAAAUGUAAAUUAUGUAACAAAGAUUACACUCAAAAAAAAUAUUUAGUGGUUCAUGAAAGAAUCCAUAGUGGAAUAAAACCAUAUAAAUGCAAGGAAUGCAAUAAAGAAUUCACUCAAAAACAUUAUUUAAAUGUUCAUGAAAGAAUCCAUAAUGGAAUAAAACCAUAUAAAUGUAAAGUAUGUAACAAAGAUUUCAACCAAAAAACAAGUUUAAUUCGUCAUGAAAGAAUCCAUAGUGGAAUAAAACCAUAUAAAUGUAAGCAAUGUAACAAAGAUUUCACUCAAAAACAACAUUUAGACAUUCAUGAACGAAAACAUAGUAGAAUAAGCAAAUAAGCAUAUAGUAAGCAUGCAAAUGUAGCGUUUAGUCUGUUUUCGUAAUUGAUGUAACAAUAUAUUAAACAUUCUUUAAAUAUCCAUAAAUGAAACCACGGUGGAAUGAAACCAUACACAUGUAAAGCAUGUAACAAAGUAUUCAUUUAAUGGUUAUUUAGAUGUAAAAAUGGAUGUGAACUGGACGGUAGGUUAAUAUUGUAAUAAAACACUUUUUAAGUCA